UUACUGUGCUUUAUGAUAUCAAGUAUGCUAAGAGUUUGUUACAUACCUAGAUAUUAUUUUCAUCUCCUUCUCUGUUUAUAUUUAUGAUUUCAUUGUACCGAAGUUGUUGAAAACAUUUCGGACAAUGGCAACAAACGGUGCUUCUCAAGGUCUUCCACCCGAAGCAAUUGCAUUUGCCACACGAAUGUAUGAUGCAGCUCGCUCGGGACAGGUUGAUAUUUUCGAGCAAGCAUUGCCUAGAGGAUUACCAGCAAAUAUGACAAAUGAGAAGGGAGAUAGCUUAAUAAUGCUAGCAGCUUACCACGGCCACGCACCACUUGUCAAGCUCUUGUUGGAUCAUGGAGCAGACCCGAAUCGAGUCAACGACCGGAGUCAAUCUCCGCUUGCAGGUGCGGUCUUCAAGGGCGAAGAUGCUGUUGUCGAGACAUUAUUAGAAGGAGGUGCAGAUCCAGACCAUGGGCAGCCAUCUGCAUUGGAAGCCGUGGUGCUGUUCAAGCAGGAAGAUAAGUGGAAAGCGAAGUUUGAGAGUGCUCCUGGAAGAGGAAAAGCAGCCUCAUGAGUUAGGGAAAAGCAAUAAACAGGGUUCGGGCUCACGGCGCUGCCCUUGGAU